AUGUCGCUGCAAUGCCUUCUGAUAUUCGCUCUUCCCACCGUAAUCCUUUCCGCUUUCCCCGAUUACACUCCCUACACGUAUCCGGAUUCAAUGACCCAAUCCGAGUUGUGUGGUCAGACGAAGCCCUCUUUUUUCUGUGACCCCAACAACAUUGUGAAUAGAAAGCAAACGAAUAGCAAUGAUUCGGUGGUGGACGAGGAGAAUUCCUUUGAGAAAGAGCUACUGUACGUUCGUGGCGAGACCAACUGCUCGUGCAUUCACAAGUCGUUUUGUGCCCCGUCGCCUAGGGGAUACACAAUUUCGAUUGCAGUCGUUGAAAAGAUGCGCUUGGAUUCAAAUGAAACGUAAGAGGCCCAUUCUUUCCUUCUAGACACUCUUUGCUGCAGAUCUCGUGAGUCAAUCCUCGAAGCAGCCAAAGUAUUCGCGGACGUCAUCCGUGAUCGUCAGAGUCGGGGACAAUGUGACGACGAUCUGGUGAUUCUCUUGUCGGCCCGCGAUCAAGUUGUGUACACUUCUGUUGGCGAGAUGAUAAAGGUCGACGAAUUGGUGAUUCGGCAGAUAUCGGAGCAAGGAGAAGUGUUCUUCCGGAAGAUGCAGUAUCGAGAAGGGCUCGAGUGGAUGAUCAAGCAGUACAAACACGUGCUGAAGCAGGAGAGAAUCGAGCAUUGUGAGUGUUUCAUUCAUGCGUAAUGUGUUUUCUAAUUAUGAAAUGGAACCUCGUCGUUUCAGUGUGGAACUGGCCGCUCCCUGAAUGGGUGCUCCUCGUGCUCGCGGCUCUCGUGCUCCUCGUCCUCGGCACUCUCAUCUGCGCAAUCACCUAUAUGUGCAUUCGUUUCUGCCGCCGCGACCGUCGCGAUGAAUACUCGAUGGUCGAGCACUGA